AUGUCACAAAGUGAAACACUUGAUUCUUCCUUGCUUGAAAUGAAGCAUCUCAAGUACCUUGAAUUGAGUGGGAAUAAUUUCAAGGACAGCUCGAUUCCAUCAUUCCAAGGAUCAUUAAACAAACUGCAAUAUCUCAAUCUCUCAAAUGCAGGCAUUGGAUGUGUUAUCCCUUACCAGCUCGACAACCUCUCAACCUUGUGUGCACUUGAUCUUGGUGGACUGUUAUCUUCUCUAAGAGUCCACAAUCUCAUAUGGGCUGCUAAUCUUUCAUUGCUGGAGUCCCUUGAUAUGUGUCAUGUCAACCUUAGCACGACAAAUGAUCACCUUGCGACGUUUCCUAAAGAACUUGGGGAACUGAAGCAGCUAAAGGAGUUAGAUUUGUCUGAUAACAAGUUGACUGGUCCAAUCCCAAUAAAUUUAUCAAGAUGCUGGAGCCACAACAUGGAGAACCUAGAGUUGUGGAGUAAUAAUUUUUAUGGGCAGUUGCCUGAAGAACUUGGCAAACUGAAGCAGUUAAAAUGGUUAGAUUUGUCUGAUAACAAGUUGUCUGGUCCAAUUCCAACUAUUGUGGGACAACUUUCAGAUUUGGAGUGGAUUGACAUAUAUGGUAAUACCUUUGAAGGUACACUCAUAGAGGCCCACUUUGAGAAGCUAUUCAAACUUAAAGGAUUUAGGACUGGGUCUAACAUGUUAACAUUCAGAGUGGGAGAUGAUUGGACCCCUCAUUUUCAACUAAAAUCCCUUUAUAUGUCAUCCAUUGAUAUCGGAGGCCAAUUUCCAUAG